AUGCUAUCGACGAUGCGGUUCUUCCCUGCCGGCGAAAAAGGCAGUUCUGAGGGCCUCUGCUUAUCACCCACAGCACCAUGGACCGCACCGCUCAACUGCAACGCUCUCCCGAUGGACCUUCUAUCCAUACUCGGCAGCUCAUCGCCAUUCAGUUGCAUCAUCGCGACGGCGGCCGGCCCACUCCUGGGCGACAAGGAAUCUUUGGGGGCGCGCGGAGGCGUGCGGACAUGCUUCUGUGGCUUUCCUCUAUGUGCUUCGAGCGCCGUGGCGGCAUUUCUAUUCUUCUUAUGCUUCACUGCUUCGAUGUGCUGGAGCACGGGGGUUUUCCCUUGGACCUGUGCCUUGCAAUGCAGGCACGUCCACACGUCAGUCGCAAUCUGCUUGAGGCCUUCGUCUGCAAACUUAUUCCUGGCCUCAACAAAAACGCGAUGA